AUGGCAGGAUUAGUGGUUUUUGUUAAACUAACGUUAAAUAGAUUUAUUACACGUAUAUUUGAUGACUUCGAAUUCUCUAUACUGUUAAAGAUUGAUAAAACAAUAUCUUUGACUGGUAGUGAUGUUGUACUAUGUUUAGCAUAUCUCCCACCGGAACAAUCGCCGUUCUAUAGAAAUAAAGAAUAUAAGGGUAUAAAUUUAAUAGAAAGUAUUUUGUCUGAAUACGAUAUUGAUGUAAAUAGUAAUUUUAUGCUCAUAGGUGACAUGAACGCAAGGACAGCUAAUAGACAUGAUUUUAUAACUGUUAAUAGAAAUGUGGCAGAGUAUGAAGCCGUAGUAGAUAUUUUAGAUGAUUCACAUUUAACACUGAGGAGAUCACGUGAUACGUCCGUGAAUUCGUUUGGCCUGAAUUUGUUAGAAUAUUGUAAAGCUAACGCAAUUCGCAUUGUUAAUGGUAGAAUCCAUGACGAUAUAAAUGGAGAAUACACAUAUAUAAGUCAUAACGGAUGCAGUGUGAUUGACUAUCUGAUAUGUUCUGACGAUGUUUUUCAGUUAAUAGCAAAUUUUAAAAUUGAAAAUCGAACUGAAUCAUGUCAUAUGCCGAUCAGAUUUGAAUAUGAAAUUAAGGGUCUUCAAGGUAACCGAGAUGUUCUAGAUGAAAAUCGAAAUGUUAAGAUCAAAUACAUAUUCGAUGAAAGAAGAACUCAACAAUUUAAACAUGAAAUAUCAAGUAAUUUCAGUCAAAUUUUUAUCACAGAGUUCUGUACUAGAAUAGAAGAUAAUAAUACUAGUAUUUCGACAUUGGUUGGAAUAUUAACGGACAAGCUGCGAUUAAGUGGCAAUGUUUGUCUAGUAGAAAGAAAAUCAUACACAGUUAUACAGCCAAUGUGGUUCGAUGCGAAAUGUAGAACUUUAAAAUAUCUAAAAAACAAAGCUUUAAGAGUCUUCAGGCGAAACAGAAUAAAAAGCAAUCUUGACGCAUAUCUAGAUUCAAAACGUGAAUUUAGUAACUACUGUGACCAGCAAAAGCAUAAAUACAAUGAAAAACAGCUUGAGGAACUUAUUGAUAAGAAUACCAAUGCAAAAUCGUUUUGGUCAAAGUUGAAAAGGAUGACAGUGGAAACUAGAAGGGAAGAAAAUAUUACUAUUGAUCAAUGGAAAACACACUUUGAACAAUUGUUUAAUAGUGAUUUAGAUGUCGAUAACAUAAUCCCAGAGCUAGAAGAUAUACAAUACGAUGAUGAUAUAACUGACGAAUUGUUUAAUGGUGAAAUUACUGCAGAUGAAGUUGCUCGAGCAGUUAGGUCGAUGAAAAGAGGUAAAAGUGGAGGAAAUGACGAACUAAUUCCUGAAUUUUUUCUAGAAAGUAUAGAAAGCCUGCUUUGUAUUAUUAUAAAAUUAUUUAAUAGGAUAUUUAGUGAUGGUAUAUAUCCAGAACAAUGGUGUGAAUCAAUCGUAGUACCAAUAUAUAAAAAGGGAAAUAGGAACGUACCUGAUAAUUAUAGAGGAAUAUCUCUUUUAAAUGUACUUGGUAAAAUAUAUACAAACGUUAUCUGUCGGCGUUUGACGUUUUACGUAAAUAUAUAUGAGAAGAUAGGGGAGCCACAGGCAGGAUUAGAGAAGGGUACAGAACAGUAG